ACUGUAUAUAAGGGUUGGAGGUACGGCACAUAGCCACUGACUCCAGGCACAGACUCCUGACGACUAGUACAACUGAAGAAGAAGACGACCACAACUCUCGGCAAGAUGAUCCUGGCCCUCGCACUCGUCUGUCUCGUACCACUCUGCUCAGGUGAAACAUGGGACGCACCGGUCAACUUUGACAACAUGUGCAGACGGGAGACCGUGUGUUUCCUGGACUGCCCGUUCGGCCGGGCUGCAGACGAGCGGGGCUGUGAGAUCUGCGCCUGCCGCAUGCCUGACUUCAGCAGCUUCGGAAUGGACACCGCGGGGUCCCAUGCAGGCGUAGGCGCCCAUAUCCCGGACUUUGUCCCCAACCUUGUCCCUUUCUCUAACGGUCUUCCUUUCCUAGCUCCCCAACCCGAGGUUGUCCCCAUGCUCCAACCCGUCCCCCAGCUUGUCCCUGCAGGCGACGCUCCCCAACUUAUCCCUGCCGCUAUCCCCGAACUUAUCCCAGCAGGCGGCGCCCCUGCCCUGGAGCCCGUCCCGGAACUGCAGCCUGUCCCACAGCUGCAGCCUGCACCGCAGCUGGUACCCGCUAGGAGGAGCAUCCCCAGCCGCUUCCUCAAGACAGGAAACAAGGCUUAAACAUCUGGAACAGAGUUGACGACCCCCGCCCAUCCCUGACAAGAGCUACAACCCCCUGCAAUAGGAAGAACUAGUCUGAAGAACUAACUCGACGAACACGUUGACAAAUAUGUCCACUUAGAACGAGUUAAUAAACUUAAAGCAUACA